AUGUCAUCCACCAUGCGCCAGUGUGCUUCCUGUAAGCGCAAUCUGCCUCAAUCUUCCUACCAGUCCUACCAGUACUCUAUAGGUGCUGGCGCUUCACAAUGUGCGACCUGCAUCCUCGGACACCAAGCCACUUAUACUCUAUCGGCCUGUGACCGCGACGGCGGCAGAUACAACAAGGCCGACGAAAUGAUGAUCAACCAAUAUGAUCUUGAUCAUCCUUUCGCCCACGGAAGUUUCCGGCACGUGGCCAAGGGGACUUACAGCAAGGGCCAUCGCACAGGACAGACAGGGGUUGUCAAGUGGUUCAAGAGCGGCGCCACCUUCGAGGUCGACUACUUCAUCCUCGACAUCACAGCCGUCGACAAGGCCCUGGAGAUCAUGAACCGGUUCAACCAAGCCUAUCCCGACUUGCAAAACAUUCGAAUAAACGUGCCUGGCACAUGGGUGUUUGCAGAUGGGGAGCGGAAGGGGGAGCGUGCUCUAGUCGAGCCCUUCAUCGAGAACUACCGGAAGUACAACAGCAACACCGGAUGGGCGGACGUCUCGACCACGUGGGGCCAGAUCUUGCAGGCCCUCAGCCACUUCAGCUACGCCGAGUCGGGCGGGCAGUUCCUCCUCUGCGAUCUCCAGGGCGGCAUCAACUCCAACGAGGUCAUCCUCUCCGACCCUGCCAUCAUGUCCGUGGAUGGCAUGUACGGCAUCUCCGACCUCGGCCAUGACGGGAUGAGCUCGUUCUUUAGCCAUCACCGCUGCAACAACUGGUGCCACCCGCACUGGAUGAAGCCUCGGCAGAUAGUCAGGGCGUAUGCUGCAGUCCCGCACACUACCAUGAUACAGAGCACGCGGUCAGCCAGGCCCGAUAUGUUGAGACGACCGUAA